AUGGACUCUAUUAGCAACAAGUACUUUAGCAUAUUUUCUCGAAAUGAGGUCAAGAGGGUUCUGUUUCUUCGAAUGCUAAGAAUUGGGGUCAAAUUGGAUGGAUCCAUGAAGGCUAUGGCUUUGUGGAUUUGGCUUGAAAAUCUUGGUUUUCAAGGGAUUAUACACAAAUUAUCUUGUCAAGCAGACGAUUGUGUCUUUAAGGUCUCAAACGAGGCCAAUAUAUUUCUCAAUUCACUCCACAUUGAGGAUUCACCAAUCUUGCAACAUCUCAUGCCUGUGUUUCUAGACCUAUUCAGGGUGGUUUUCUAUCUCAAUAACAUAUUGUUACAGAAGAAUAGGAUCGCUAGAGAAGUUGGUGAGACAUUCAAUCGUGUGUGUACCAAUGUUUUUGAGGAUGUUUUGAGACAUCAUGGGAUAUGCAAAAAAGAAAUUGUCCCUGUAAACCACCCAAAGCUUGGUGGGAGUGGGAUUUUAGGGUCUUACCCUGGAAAUAAUACUGAUCAGAAGGAAAGUGAAAAGAAAUCCUCCUCCACCACAAUCAACCCCGGCGCGAGGGCAUGGAAUCCUAGAGAGAAUUAUUCGCCGGAGGAAAACAGAUGCUUGUUCUUGACCUUCUCUCAGGGAUAUCCUCUCAAUGAAAUGCAGAUUUCAUGCUUUUUCACUAUGAGAUAUGGAGCAUGUGUGGAUAAAGUUCAUGUGCAUAUGCCAGAGGGGAAGGAGUAUGAGAGACCAAAUCAACCUGUGUUUGCCAAGGUUUUGUUCAACACUUCCAUUACACCAAGAUUAGUGUUGAGUGAUGCAAAACAAGUCAAGUUCAUGGUGAAUGGUAGGCCUAUGUGGUGCAAACCAUAUGAUAUUGCUAAAAGAAAGAAUAUUAGCACUGGGAACUACAGGUUAACAAGACUCUUGCUUCUUUUUCUUCGAAGCAAAAGAAACAGCCUCUGA